AUGUCAAUGAAGUAUAAAAACCUCCGGUCCUUUGAGAGUGAGGAGAGAAGCCAGGGGAUUAACAAUGGGCUGUGUCCUCCCCAAGCCUUCCUCAAGCGUCUCUGCAUUGGACCCUGCCUCCUCCUGCUCUUCCUGGGCUUCGGCCUCUUCCUGCUGGUGGAUAUCUGGAUAAUUGGAUCCAAAGGUGCCAAUAUGCGGAGGGACCUGGAGACCCUGAGAGCAACUUUCAGCAACUUCACUUCCAACACGGAGGCUGAGGUCCAGGCACUGCACUCCCAGGGAUGCAGUUUGCAAGCAACAGUAACAUCUCUGAAAGCUGUGGUGGAAAACCAGGAGCAGGAACUGCAGGCAGGUUAUUCUGAAAUGCUCCUGAGAGUCCAGCAGCUGGUCAAAGACCUGCACACCCUGCACUGUCAGGUGGCUGUGCUCUUGAGCAAUGACUCCCAAGAUGCCUGCUGCCCCGUUGCCUGGCUGGAGCAUGACGGCAGCUGCUACUGGUUUUCCCGCGCUCGAUCGACCUGGUCCGGGGCUGAGAAGUCCUGCCAGCUGCAGAACGCCCACCUGGUGGUCAUCAACUCCAGAGAGGAGCAGAACUUCAUCGCACAGCACUCGACCCCAUUUCACACCUGGAUCGGUCUCGUUGAGGGUGGCGGCUCCUGGAAGUGGGUGGAUGGCACAGACUAUCGGAACAGCUACAAGAACUGGGGUGCCGGUCAGCCCAACAACUGGAAGGGGAACGAAGAUGACGCGGAUGAAGACUGUGCCGAGGUCCGGGAGGACGGGCGCUGGAACGAUGAUGACUGCGGGCGGGUGCAGCAGUGGGCCUGCGAGCUGAAGCUGAAAAUCCCCGACCAGGAGCCCUGA